GCGAUUGACAACUUAAGCGCGUGCGCUCCUUCAGUCUCAGUUCAACAGCGCGACUUGCGCGAGAGACGCGCUCUAACCCGCCAGUAUGCUACAAAUAUCAGCGGAAUACCGUAAAAUAAGUGUUAUUUCUUAAAAGAAAAGAGCUGCAGAACUUCCCUAAGCCUGCGUGUUCCUCAAGGGACACCGUAAGACAGAGUUGACCCACUGUCUCCUGUUUACCGAGACACAAUCAUCAUCAAUGGGGACAUUAGGAAUGGCUGUGUUCAAUCAACAAAAAGUGGAGGAUUUCUAUGAUAUUGGUGAAGAACUUGGAAGUGGGCAGUUUGCUAUCGUGAAGCGCUGUAAAGAGAAGAGUACGGGAGUGGAAUAUGCUGCAAAGUUCAUAAAGAAGCGGCAGAGUCGCGCGAGCCGGAGAGGCGUUCGGCGAGAGGAGAUCGAGAGAGAGGUGGACAUCCUACAGGAGCUCCAGCAUCCCAACAUCAUCACGUUGCAUGACGUUUACGAGAACCGCACUGACAUGGUGCUCAUCCUGGAGCUUGUUUCAGGAGGCGAGCUCUUCGACUUCCUGGCUCAGAAGGAGUCGCUGAGUGAAGAGGAAGCCACAGAAUUCAUCAAACAGAUCCUCAGCGGAGUUCAGUAUCUGCACUCCAAGAAAAUUGCACAUUUUGACCUGAAGCCUGAAAAUAUCAUGCUGCUGGAUAACAAUAUCCAACGUCCGCGGAUUAAACUUAUCGACUUUGGUUUGGCGCAUAGGAUCAAGGACGGAGUGGAGUUCAAAAACAUAUUUGGGACUCCAGAAUUUGUUGCUCCAGAGAUAGUCAACUAUGAGCAGCUGGGAUUAGAGGCAGACAUGUGGAGCAUCGGAGUCAUCACAUACAUCCUGUUAAGUGGGGCAUCGCCGUUCCUGGGCGACUCCAAGCAGGAGACUCUUGCAAACAUCUCAGCAGUGAACUUUGAAUUUGAUGAGGAGUUCUUCGGCAGCACUAGUGAACUGGCCAAAAGCUUCAUCAAACAGCUGCUGGUGAAAGAUACGAGAAAGAGGCUUAAGAUACAAGACGCACUCAACCAUCCCUGGAUUAAGCCCAUAAACCCCAGACAAGCCCUGGUGCGACGCCAAUCUGUGGUGAACAUUGAGAACUUCAGGAGACAAUAUGCUCGGAGGAGGUGGCAGCUUUCUUUCAGAAUCGUGGCCCUCUGCAACCACUUGACACGCAUGAUGAAGAAAGGUCCAACUAAAACACAGGACAAACCCAAGAUGGGCUACGUAGGUCGAACAGUGGCCAUGUUCGAAAGAGAGUGUGAGAGCGAUCAAGAGGAGGAGGGGAUGCCGAGGAGACCUCGGACCAGGAAGAGAAGUAGCACUUCCUGAAACUCCCUGCUGCUUGUCCGACGUCCACGAUAUAAACAUCCCAGCCGCAUGCUGGUUUUGAGGUGAACCAGCGGCGUGUUUGCCGUUCCUAAACGCACAAGCUGAGUUGUUUUAAGCAAGCGUGUUGAGGUCUGAAUGUGGCUUGUUUGUCUUCGUAGAGAUGCAAUUAUUAUUCGUCAGCAUGUCUGUAAAAAUGAAUUGCGCAAACAUAGAAAGAAUACAUUUGUUCAUGUUAUUUAAAGCCAUGUGUAAAUGUAUUCAUGUACAUAAUGGGAUAAGGAAGAGUUUACCGGAUAUAUUACGUAAAGUUUACUUGUAUAAUGUUUAAAUAUGUAUGUUUAACGUCUUUGCGCCACUUUGCCUUGAGCCUUCGCGGUGUAAAUAUAUAAUUUACAACAUAUUUGCAUUCCUUUAUUCCUGCUCCUGGCAAUCGACUGUCCUGCAAAGUUUAACUCCAACCCUAAUCAAACACACCUGCCUUUGAUGUGUAAUUGAGCCUGAAGACCUUAAUUAGUUGCUUCAGGUGUGUUUGAUUAGGAUUGGAGCUAAACUUUGCUUUAGCAAUCAAUCGUCAGGAGCAGGGUUUUUUGUCUUCACAUUUUAUUGCCUUUCAAAAGUGCAUGAGUGAUAUAGCCAACUUCAUUAAUCUGUAUGAUAUUUGUUGUUUUUAUGUUUAUUGCGCAGAUUUUUGGUGCAGUCACAUUUACUGUUGUUUGGCAAAGGAUUUUUUUCAGAUAUCACAACCGGUUCAAGCUUCUCACACAAAUGAAGUUGCUUUGUUUAAAAAUUACUUAUGAGCUUAUAUCGCUACAGUUGACAGUCCACAAUGGACUUGCAAAAUUAUGAUACUGUGAUCAGGAAUUUUUUUGCACGUUUGAAAUAUUUUGUGCAUCGGGUUCAAGUUGGUCAUGUAAUUCACUGCAGUAUUCGAAUGAAAACAGCUUGGUUUGAGAUGAUUUUUAAGUAAAAAAUUCCACCAAUGUGACUGCACCUUUUUAAAUUUUCAUUUGACGAAGCAAGCGAAAUGAGCUGGAUUUGAAAUCCAGUGUUAUACUCCGUGUAUUUGUGUUUAAGUGUAUUAAAAUAAGGUCAUUUAUCAAGCCUGAAAAUGACUUGUAAAGCUCUUAAGAUAUUAAUAGUGUAUUAGAUGCCAUUCAUUUUCCAAAAAGUAUGUUUAUUGAAAUCAGGGCAGAUAUAAUGCCACAUCAUUGUGUUUUGGGUGCAUUGAAAACUCCAACACUCGGUCAGGAAAGGACCAGCAGGAACUGUUGGCAGUGCGUUUGGAUUGUGAAAUGAAACUUUGUAUCAUUAGGACAUUAUGAUACUUCAGAUGUUUCAGGACUGCGCCAGCUAUUGGACAAAAGUUUAAAGGAAAUCACAGUUGCUUCAGUGUGAAUUGUUUGUAAUACAGUGCCUUGAGCCUGAAAUCUGAUUAUUAGUAUGUUUCACAUACCUCACCAUCAGAAGAGGAUGUAUUGUGUACAGUGGGCUUAUAAAUGAGAGGGCUCAAAAGUUCUCAUUUUAUUUCAUUAAAACAAUGUUAGAAAAAAAUAAAUAAUGUUCUUUCUGAUAAAGUAUUAAACCUUAAUCGAUUUUAAACCAUUUUGCAGUGCAUAUUUAUACAUUAAAUACAUGUGUAUAGAAUGUUAAUUAACAAGUGCAUCACUCCCUGUGCACCAGUCACAUGAUUGCAUGUGUUCAGGGACAGAACAGUGUUGUUUACCAGUAUAAAUCUGCCAGAUUUAUACCAGAAAUGGAAAGGAACCAGAAAAUGUGCCUCAAGAUAAAAACAAAUCCCUUAUAUCCAUUGAUUUUUUACUUUUGAUAUGACACUGUACUUGUGUUGUUCACACUUAAUGUGAAAUGAAAUAAGCUUACUAAGAAUAAAAAAAAUGCCCCUUUUGUACAAGUAGUAGAAGCAAUAAAUUAUUAAUAUAUUUAUUGAUGUUCUUGUUUGGUUAUUCAUGAUCCACUAAUAAGGUCAGGAAAUUGUAAUUUAAUAAGAAUUUCAUUAAAUCUUCAUGAGGUGCAUCCUGGGAUGCUUUUUAAAAGAGUAUUGACUGAGUUCAUGUGUGCGGACUAGAUGUAGUUAUUAUAUUCAUAAUUUCAUAUAAUAAGAAGAAUUAAAAUCUCUAAAAUAUCAAAUCAUAAAAGUUUGAAUAAUCCUUACAUUGAUACCUUAAUCCAUUCAUUAUUAGCUAAUAAUAGUACAAUAUAUAGUUAGUUCAUAUAUUAAUAACCUUAUCUAUAAUAAUAAUAAUAAUGAUAUCAUAAAUAUUAAAUGUUCGAUACAUAGACCUAAAGAAUUUAUUAAUAAUAUUAUAAUUUUUUUGUAAAGAAUUAGCAGUUUUAAAACAUUUCAUAUUUAAAGUGUAAUUUUUAAGUCCUUGCAACACAAGAAAUGAACCAGUUUUUUUUUUUAGCUUCCUCAGUAGCUACUGUAGAAACUGAACAAGUGUUUCUUUAUUCUUGCCUUUAUUCUUGAUAAAUGAUUUUGUUACAUAUUGCCAUGGAUUUUCGCUCAUUUCACUCCCUAAUAAUGAGCUGAAUUUUGCCAAGUGUGUCAAUAUUGUUCCUUUUCAGACCACUG